CAAAGGCUGCUGGGAAAUUUUUAUCCAGGAAGUAUUUUAACUGAAGCAACGCAGCAACAGCAAGACUACAGGCCUACAAAUGGUACAUUAACAAAUCAUCUGUGAGAUCCAGCGGACUGCAGACAUCUCCAGUUAUGGAGGACAUAAACACUGUGAUGUCCUGGUUUUCCAGCCCCGUGUAUAACCGCUACUGGCAACACUACCAACAGGCAAUGGCCUGGCACCAGAGACACAGGCGUGCCUACUGGAAUGCCUUGGAGGCUGCCUAUGGCCCUGGGAACUACCAGCAUCAGUAUCCCAGCAGCUAUGAAAGCUACACCAGCUGGCACACUGGAGAGAGUGACAGCAAAGGGGCAGACAAGAUGGACAAGGACAGUAGCUCAGACAGCAACAUCGAGUGUGAUGUUAGUAAUAUGGAGAUCAGUGAGGAGCUAAGACAGUACUUUGCACAGACAGAGAGACACAGAGAGGAACUCAAGAAGCAGCAGCAGCAGAUGGAAGUGGAGCAGCAGAACAGCUAUGUGCCGGCCGACCAGGACUUGCACGCCCUCUCCUGGCGAAGCAGCGUGGCUCCACCCUCCGAACGGCCUGGUGAGCGACGAGGGGCUGAGAUGAAGAAGCUGUAUGGCAAUGAUGCAGCCAAGAUCUUAGCUAUGGAGACGGCAAUGCAGCUCACUUUUGAUAGGAACUGUGACCUCAAACAGCCCAAAUACUGGCCUGUAAUCCCACUGAAACUCUAAUGGCCACAGGACAAGCUGAAAACUGUUUGACAUGAAGGAGACCCCUGCUCUGUUCUCUUGGUGAGACAGCAGCCUUGUCAUGUAAUGGAUAGUGGCUGUCAGUGCUGCUGAUGUAGAACUAAUGUCUUGGGUUAGCUGACGGUUACAGUUAUUUUAAGAUCAGAAAAUUGCAUAAAUUAGCUAAGCUUAAGCUAAGCCAGACAUGAAUGUUUCUGACCUCUCAGCUAUUGCUUCAUAUGAGUUUGUAAAGGACAAAUGAUCAAUGUACAAGUUAUUUUUUUACUUCUGCCAUAGAAAAUGUGAAGACAAUACUGCUACACAUACAAUGAAUUGAGUAGUUUUAAAUAGUCUUUGUUAUUCUUAUAACAAAAAAAAAAACAAAACUCAAAAUACCAGCAACAAGAAGGAAAAUUAGCUGCAGUUGAGUGUCAGAGGUACAGUAAAACUGAUCCCUCAGGUGAUGCAAAUAUAUUCAAAGUACAUGUGCCUAUGUGUUUCCUCGAAAUCAGUUUGUGUUUACCCUCUAGCUUGGUGAUGUUUCAUGCUGCAGUAGCUCCUCUUGUGCCUGUCAACUCAGUUUAACCAUAAUAUUUGCCUUCUUUUCUUCUGUGCUGAAAUUUAGCAGCAUUCCUACAUGGCUGCUUUUGAUUUUCCAUUUUUGGAACAACACAAUGAAGGAUUUGUUGUUACUUCUAAACUGUGCAUCUCUGGUUCUGACAUUUCAUUUAGUUCAAAGUGAUGGUUCCUCAGGAGACACGUUGACUAUUCUGUUUUAUCUUUUGUGUUCACCACCCAGCACUUUGCUUUGUUUUUAAAGGUAGACCUGUGUGUAUUUUAAUUUAAACCAUGUUCCUAAUAAAGUGUUUUAUACUUGAACAUAA